AUGGAACUGUCACGUUCCGAGUACCCGGGCAUUGUGAGCUCCGUACAUCCAACACCUGCAGUCAAGAUUCUCCGGGAUCGGUUACAGAGAGUGCAGACUCUAAACCUUGAGAUCGCCGAUUGGCUUCAGGAACGCCGACGAGUCGAGGAAGCUUACGCACAAGGGCUGAACAAACUCGCAAAGCGAACGAUACAAGGGGACGGUUCGGAUUUAGGGGUGUUUCAAGGUCCAUGGACUCGCAUAGCCAGCUCGACUACGGCCCUGGCAACCUCGCACCAGGAGUUUGCGCAGCGCAUUGACACAGAAGUGGAGCGCCCGCUUAGGGACUUCACGAACAGAAAUCCUGAAUGGUCGGGAAUGAAGAGCAUGGAGAUGACGUUAGCAGCCGCGGCAAAAGCCGUUGACCAGGCGGAAGAAAAGUCUGAAAAGAUCAAGCGACGGGGCCAAAAGGCGAAACACGCACAGGUAGCCGAGGCAGCGAAGGGAGUCGAGAGCGCAAAUAGCGAGUGGGAGAGCCAGGCGCCAUUCGCAUUUGAAAAGUUUCAGGCAGCGGAUGAGAGCCGGUGUAAUCAUCUACGGGAUGUCCUGACGACAUGGCAAACAUUGGAGCUGGACCAGGCGCAGCGGAAUAUGCAGGCUGCUGAGACGACGCUGAAUGCAAUUUUGGAUAUCAAUACCAACGAUGAGAUCAAAGGGUUUGCGAACAAGGUUACAGCUGGGAAGGCGAAGAUUGAGAGGCUGAGAAGCCGAACGGGCAGCAGUGGUGGCCCGCCAGUGCCAGGUAUGCCGUCAACACCAUCCAUUGUUACAGAUGAUGCUGUCAGUGUUCACACCUCCGGCUCCGGAGGAGGUUCAGGAGGAGGUCUCAAGCGGCUAGGCACUGUUCUCAGAGGCCGAAAUCGAAAUAGCUCGAUACCCUACUUCAGGUCAGCAUCGCCAGAUAAGCGGCCGGACUCAAAUGGCAAGGGGGGCCCUGGCCGAGGUCUUCUUGGGCUUAUGCCGCCGUCACCGGCGUCGCCUUCGAGCAAUGGCCUUUCUCCAGAACACCAGUCCGUGGGGAUCUCUGGUAGUGCAACACCCCCGAGGCCUUCAACUGGAAAUGGUCCGCCGCCUACACCCACUACGAACGGGGAGAGUCGUCCUGAGACUGCAACGACUUUGUCCGAGGGCAACCAGAUACCAGGCGCCAUCACUCCUUCUGUAACUGUCACAGCUUCUGAGCCUCAAACGGAUGCCGAAGGAUACACAAUUCCGCCGCCAAUUCAUGAUAUUGGGCAAGGUUCAAUACCAGAUGAGGCUACUGACGAACAAAGCCAACCUCAAUUCAAGGUCGAGAUUAAAAACGACGUAAUUCACGAAGAGGAGGAAGAAGCAGAUGCUGCACUAUCAAAAGUCACAUCUACGCUAAGAGCACAACAACAAAAUACGGUUUCUCGAAGAACGAGAGGACGGAGGGAUGCUAGUCAAGUGCGAAAUACCAUGUUUAUUCCGAAUCCACAAGAUUUUGAAACGCCUUCGUCGCCCCCACUUACUCCAAUUAAAUACACCCCUAAAUCGUCCAACGCUGCUUCCGAGUGUGCCUCGGAUACCCUAUCAAUAAGGUCUUCAAGAUCCAUAACAAGCCUUACAAAUUCCCAGAUGAGGCAUCCAGAUUUAAAUGAACUGGGCCUUUCUGCUUCUUUAAUAGAAGCCAUAAGCAUGUCCUUUGAAAACGGCGUCCCACUAAGAACCCAAGUCACUGGCGAAAUUGCGGUUGCAUACAAUCCCCACGAUACCCCCUCACACCCCACUACUGAGAUCCUCCGAAUCGAUAACUUCAGCCUGUUGGAGAAGGUAGCACCAAACCCAGCAUUCAUAACUGCUGUUCCCGACCAUGUUGCAGAGUAUACUCUCUCCCUUGCCAACAUCCAUAGAACCUCCGUUGCAUUCAAGUAUCAGAUCCAUGUUGACGAAAAUAAUAUGAAUGUCUUCGCCCCAAUCAUUGUCAACCCUGUGUGGCGAAUCGAGCCCCACCAGAGCUCGGUCAUUGUGCACUGGAAGCCUAACCCACUAUUUCGACGCUUGAACGGUGUCACUGGCGCAUUCACGAUGAAAAACGUUAUUUUCUCCACCGGUGUUGAAGGCGCCGCAACCUCAUCAUGUCAGUCCAAGCCUGUCGGCGCUUUCUCACGAGAAAGGGGUCGUCUGGUAUGGAAGCUGGGUGAUGUUUCUAUCAGCCCAGAAGAUGUAGAAAAUGGUGCUAAGAAACUUGUCGCGCGAUUUGCUACCGACGGUCAGGCGCGGAAUCAGCCUGUCGACGUUAGAUGGGAGAUCUCAGGAGAGGAUUCAAGCAAUGCUGGGAGCGGGAUCGCGCUAUCUGUAAAGGAUAAGGUUGAAGCUGCACCUACAGAAGAGAAGGAGCCUGAAGAUCCCUUCGCAGAUGCGGAGGUGAAGAGUAUGGUUAGCACUGAUGUUGUCAUUGCUGGUGGGGAAGAGUGGAAGGGCGUUGUGACGGUGAGGAAGGUGGUCAGUGGGAAGUAUGUGGCUAACCAGCAGAAAGACAACUGA